AUGGCAGGAGAAGUGCCUUUGCAGUUGUUGCAAGAUCUGCAGCAACAAAUUCAGGAGAUGAGGGCAGAAAUUGCAACAUUAAGGGCGGAGCAGGCGAAUAGGAUAGGAGGCCAUUCCGACCAAUCGGUAAAUUUGGAGACUAUCCAUUCGAAUACUGGGGAACAACCCCCUACCCAGGGCGAAAGAAGACAAGAAAAUCAUAACCCCAUACCCAGUGGGGGAGCAGGAGGCGUUAACGGCCAAGGGACAGGUAGAGGUGAGCGGAGACCGGGAAGCAGAGCCGGGAGUAGAGGUGGAGGACGAGGGGGUGGUCGAGGUAAUGGCCAAGGAGAAAUUCCUCGUAUGGAAGAGAGGCAGCGGACUGCAAGGCGAGAGCAUGAGCGCGUUGACUAG